UCAAAUGUUGCUAAUUGUUGUUACAGAGACUCCUUGUGGCCAGCAUGUCUACUGGGCCUGUACAAGUGGAUAUUCCAACCUCACAGAGUCACCAGCAAACAGACCAGUUGGCAGUGAUGUCAUCGCCUGACCGUCCUAUCCUGCGAAUGGUAGACAAGACUUCGUUACCUCGGUCCAGAUUCUUCCGGCCAGUGUACAGCUGGCUGGAAACACUGGGUGAUAUCAAGGAUGAAAAACUGGGAAUGGUGGAACUGCACCCUGAUGUGUUCGCUACACAUCCCAGGAUGGACAUCCUUCACCGCUGUGUCAGGUGGCAGUACUUAUACAGAAAAAUUAAUUAUGACUUUGCGAGGACGAGAGCUGAAAUGAGGGGAGGAGGGAGGAAACCCUGGCCCCAGAAGGGCACGGGGAGAGCCAGACAUGGCAGCAUAAGGUCACCGCUCUGGCAUAUGGGUGGGAAGUGCCACGGCCCACGUGGACCCUACAGCUACUACCAGUACCUGCCACUCAAGUAUAGGGCGCUGGGGCUAAAAGUUGCACUCACCGUCAAACACAGCCAGGGUGAUCUUCACAUUGUGGACAGAUUAGAAAUUCCCACAACGGAUCCUGAGUACUUGGAGGACCUGGUCAGAUAUAGAAACUGGGGAAAAUCAGUUCUCCUUGUGGAUAUGAAUGAAGAUAUAGCAGAAAAUGUAUGCGAGGCCUCUGCGCAGCUGAACACCAUCAAUGUCAUGCCUUUAGUUGGUCUGAAUGUUUACAGUAUGCUGAAGCAUGACACACUGGUGCUGACCCUGCCGUGUGUGCAGAAACUGGAGAACAAACUCCUGUACCAGGACAACAGACACAGCCACGGCGCCAAGGGCACGAUAUCAGCCGACAGGGACGUGUUUGGAACUUGGCCCGAUAAAUAGUUCCUGUGUACAGCGGGAGGCUCAAUGUCACCAAAGCAUCAACCAAAUGUCACUCUAUAGAGAACUCAUAGAUGUCAUUAGAAUAUAGAAGAUAAGAAAGAGAAAUUUUGAAAGAAAAUCGCAGCAGGUAAUGCUUACCUUUAUCCACGGGGUAACCUACAUGUUUUAUCCAUUGUUUUUAAAAACAGGGUAUUUAGGGAUAUCAAGUCAAUGGAAAGUGGUUUGAAAGAGCAACAUGUUGAAAACAUUGCAAUUCUAAACCACCGUCAUUAGACUUGAUAAUUUCACGUCACUGAAUACCCCGUUUUUAGCAAUAAUGGAUAUAGGUUAUUCUGUGAAGAAGGUAGAACUAGCGUUACCUUAAGAUAUCACAGAUGUAAUAAGAAUAUUGAACUAAAAUUGUAGCUUCAGUAUACUGUGUACAGUUUUCUAUGGACAGAAUCAUGUCUGUUUGCACCCCAACAUGGUUAAGGGUCAUGUUUGUUGGACACAUUUAGAAAACAAGAAACUGUGUUUGUAGCAGUCUUUAUUUCAGAACUAGAGCUUGACACAUUAAAGAAAGGAAUGAAAACA